AUCAACCCGAUCGUAAUAGUGAAUUAUUUAGAGCACUCCAGCUCUCUUCGUCUCUCUCUGUCUCUCUCGUUCUGCAACUGAACUGUCUCAACAAAUCGAAUCUGAUUCUUGCACCUGCGACACCUCAUUCUGGCCUUCGAAUUUAUAGCUGAUGGUUUUCCAGCAUGUCCGUAUUAUGUUUGUUCGAAAGUAAGAUUGCAUUUCCCAUGGCUACUUUCUCAUGAGGUGUGAGGGCUAUAACAUCCGAUUCACUCAUUGGUCAAACGGGAGCUAAUCAGUUGUCGUGUGUUGAGCUGGAAAAUGGGUAUAUACCUUAGUUCUCCAAAGACUGACAAGGUCUCGGAAGAUGGCGAGAAUGGUCGGCUUCGCUAUGGGUUGUCUUCCAUGCAGGGCUGGCGUGCAACCAUGGAAGAUGCGCAUGCAGCUUAUCCAGACUUGGAUGAUUCUACAUCUUUCUUUGGCGUUUAUGAUGGCCAUGGAGGUAAAGCAGUUGCCAAGUUCUGUGCAAAGUAUCUUCAUCAGCAGGUCCUGAAACAUCAAGCUUAUGCAGCUGGAGAUUUGAGCACUUCUGUACAAAAAGCAUUUCUUCGUAUGGAUGAAAUGAUGCGUGGACAAAGAGGAUGGAGAGAAUUAGCCAUAUUAGGAGAUAAAAUUGAGAAGUUCUCUGGGAUGAUUGAAGGACUUAUAUGGUCUCCUAGAAGUGGUGAGGCCCAUGUUCAGACUAGUGAUUGGCACUUGGAAGAGGGCCCUCACUCUGACUUUCAAGGACCAACUUGUGGCAGCACAGCUUGUGUUGCAAUAAUUCGCAACAGGCAACUGAUUGUAGCUAAUGCAGGUGAUUCUCGGUGCGUGAUAUCUAGGAAGGGUCAGGCAUUUGAUUUAUCUAAAGAUCACAAGCCUGAACUUGAGGUGGAGCGGGAUAGAAUUCUGAAAGCUGGUGGUUUCAUUCAAGUUGGGCGGGUUAAUGGAAGCUUAAAUCUGGCAAGAGCUAUUGGAGAUGCUGAGUUCAAGCAGAACGAGUCGUUACCUGCUGAAAAACAGAUUGUAACUGCAAAUCCCGAUGUGAACAUGGUUGAGCUCUGCGAUGAUGAUGAGUUCCUUGUUCUAGCAUGUGAUGGCAUAUGGGACUGCAUGUCAAGCCAACAACUGGUGGAUUUCGUUGCGGGACACUUAAAGACUGAAACUAAACUUUCAGCAGUCUGUGAGAGAGUUUUUGAGAGAUGCUUGGCACCGACUGCUGGUGGCGAAGGAUGUGACAACAUGACCAUGAUCAUAGUUCAGUUGAAUAAACCUUCCGGUCCCCGCGUUUCUGCCGGAGAGCAGCCUGCAGCUUCAGACCCACAAUCUCAACCAGUGGAAAGCUCAGAGAAGACAGAAGUGACACUUUAGACAUCUUUGCAAUCGAUUGGAUCUUCACUCGGUCGAGUUUGAAACUCUUAUGUUCAGGCCGGCAAUCUAACUGUUAUGCAUUUGUAAAUGAGAAAUCAUGCUCAACUCCGUUAGUUCAGAUUUGGAGCUAGCUGCUCUGGUUAUGUACAAGUUGGUGCGUGUCUGCUCGUGGGUUACUGUUCUGGGUCAGAGUCCUGACUGACUGCCCUCUAUCAUACAUAGGAUACACAAUCAUCAGUUGCAACUAUAGAACGUAAGGAAAGCAGCCUCGGUAUAUGGCUGUUUUGUUUUGA